AUUUUAAUGAUACGGAAUGUGUUUUUUAAAUAAAACAUGAACGUUUUUACUCCAUCUCUUUGUGGUUUCUCACUUCUUCGGCGCCGCCGCCCGCUUUGCUAAUCCGCGGUCGUGAGUGGGGAAAAUCUCUGAUAUCGUUGGCGUGGAGUUUUCUGCUCUAAUCUCUAAACCGCACGAUCUAACCCAGAUCUCAUCACAGUGAAACUCUUGGUCUUUGUGGUCAGAGCAGCUCCGUUCUUAAGCAGAAGUGAGAAGAUUUUAUUUUCAAUACACGUGAGGUAGAAGCAGGAAACGGACUCAGACCGAGACGCGGGAUCAUGUGAACGUGGCUCGUUGGAGCGAUUUAUUCGAGAUAAAACAGACAAAAAAAAACAUCUCAACUAGGAUCGGAUCGUGUCGUGUCGUGUCAUGUCGUAUCGUGAUGUCAUGACGAACCGGUGCGAUUCCUCCCCGUGGUGGCGGUCUGUCAUCCCGCGGUAUCGAAGGUACAGGCGACGACGUGCUUACGCGCCACGACGUGGUCUUCUCGGACGUAGACCGAGAACGAGAGCGGCGGAAGGCGGGGUUCCAACCCUAGACGAGGAAGAAGAAGGAAUCCCCAAAAACAGAAGAUAGGAUGUGAAUCAAAGGUCUGUCAAAACCCCGUAUCGACAGAGGGCGGAAACGCAUCAGAUUUGUUUCGCCGCCUCAAGCAUAAGCACUUGCGUUACUCUCUUCAUAUCGUCACCGCCAAAAAAUACCACGGGAUAUCACGAUAUUGUUUUAAGUCUAUAUCGCACACCCCGAAUCUCAACCUGUAGAGAUUUUAGAACAUAAAAUUGCAAAAUACUUUCUUCUUUGUUUCCCAGGGAGUUGUAGAAGGUUAAUAACGAUUUAUUCGUCUCUAAAUGAUAUUCCACUUCCACCACAUCCAGUUACAUCUACUCUGAUUAUAUUGUAUUACAUUAUAUUAUAUUACAUUAUAUUAUAUUAUAUUAGCAGGCCAAACGAGCAGUCUACUCCUCCUCAAUAAAAUAAAUUCCUCCUCGUCUUCAGUCACGGUAAAUGGAUUGUGUUUUGAGUUUAUAUAUCUAUCCAUCCAUCUUCUAUACCGCUUUAUCCUUUUCAGGGUCUCGGGGAACCUGGAGUCUAUCCCAGGGAGCAUGGGGCACGAGGCGGGGUACACCCUGGACAGGGUGCCGAUCCAUCGCACGGCACGAUCACAUACACACUCACACACCCAUUCAUACACUACGGACACUUUAGACACACCAAUCAGCCUACCAUGCAUGUGUUUGGACUGGGGGAGGAAACCGGAGUACCCGGAGGAAACCCCCACAGCACGGGGAGAACAUGCAAACUCCGCACACACAGGGCCACGGCGGGACUCGAACCCUCGACAUGUGAGGAGAACGUGCUAACCACUAAGCCACCGUGUGCGUUUAUUGUGAAUGUGAAACUAAAUCUGUCGAUGUGUUCCACUUAGCUAACUUUUGACAGUUUUACAGCGAACAUAUCGUCACGGUAUUUAUCAGGGACGCCACCGAAAGACUUUGAUUUUGACCCAAAAAGAUUCAAUAGUCCAACAACAGAAUGUCAGGAAGUCUGACGCGUCGGACGCAUUGAAACACUCUGAGCAGUAGAUCAGAAGUGAAAAUGUCGGCCAGAUGUGGUUGGGAAAUGGGUAAGCAUUUCCCAACCACACAGCUGACGAUGUGAUUACAUCCUGGAGGGAACACCGUCCGUCACACCGUACUGUUCACACGCUCAUUCACACGCUCAUUGAUACACAGUGGAAUGUUUUGGCUUUUGGCAGGUAGGAGGAACCCGGAGAACCCGGAGGAAACCUGUGCACGUGAAAGAAAAGCGAAACUCCAUACAGACAAAACCCCGAGCCGUGAGGUGGCAACGCGGCGCUCUGAAACGCUGCCGUGACGCCGUGACCACGCGUACAUCUUCCUUCAUUUGACCCAAAACGAAUCAUAGACAACGUUCACUGCCUUCUUAAUUAUUCAUUACUUGCAGCCUGUCGUUUUACAGAGAAAACAGACACCGAGAGCACUUACAACCAUGUGAUCAUCGACCACGAUAUCGACAUCAUCGUGAUAUAUAUCGCCCGGCCGUAACCUCACACAAUAUCCACAUCGUGAUGCAUUUUAAAUACCGACCGACUGAAAUCUGCCGUCGGUCUUUCAAUCGGAUUUGUAAAAUGUUCAUAUUUUUGAGACAUUUUUAGUCUUUUUUUAGUUCGUGUUAGUUAAUGUUUUAUUCAAUGCCACACGCUGAGAUACCGUGAUGCAUCGUGAACCGCAGAAGUGCCUUCGACACUCGCCAUGCGGUAUUCCUGUCAUAUCGCCCUGCUCUAAGCUCAUCUUCGAGACUGUUUUUUCCGCUCCUCCCCCCCCGGUCAUUACCCGUAAAAGAAAGAGACAACGAAAAGUCCUCACGAUAAGAGCUGGGUGGAAUUCCCUGUGUGUUUGGGUGAAAGUUGUAGUAAUAGCACUUAUAAUGUGGACCAAGUAAACACCAUUCCUUCCCUUUUAACUUUGUGAACUUUGCUCAAGUCCGAGAGGAAUCUCUGACUUCCCCUGCUACAUUUUCCCUGAUUCGCGUGUAUGUGUUGGUGUGAGUGUGUAUGUGUGUGUGUGUGUGUGUGGGUGGGUGAGUAUUUAACCCCAAUCUUCAUCUACCUACUUGUGUAAUUAUUAUUUCACUUCCUCAUUCUCUAUAGCGUCGCCUCUGACAUGGGUUUGAGAAUAUAAUGUAUUUAAAAAAAAAACAUACUUCAUUGGACCAUAAUUAUCUUUGAGGUGAAAAAGAUACUGAAUCUGUAGAAAUAGUAUGACUCGCCUAAGACUGAUCCUCACUGACGCCAUUUUGCCUGAAGGCUUCAUUCGAUCUCUGUAAGUUUGCUACGCGUGUGUGACCGGCGCUACGUCGCUUCCUAACCGAUUAAUUAGAAGCAAAUAACCAAUGUUGACCUAGACUUAGCUAGAAUUUGAAUCGAUGCUAGUCUAACCCGGUAUUAGCAAAGAAAGCAUGCUAACAGCUACGUAAAAAUAGCCGGUUAACGUUCGCCAAUUCGUGAAACGUGCCUCGACAUGCUUUUAGAUGGACUUCAUGCCUUCUAGGGAGGUAAAGGAGACGCCUCGUUUUAUCAAAACCAGUCGUUACGCCAGAUCAGAGCGGAGGAUGAAUUGAUUGACGGGUUCUGGAUCGAUUUUUUUUCCUACACUGAUGAAUUCGAGCUCAUGUGAUUGAUGUAUAGAGUAAAAGUCAUGAGCUGGACAAGAGACGAAGAGACCUUUAAGAUUUGUAACGAGUCCUUAUAAACAAGGUCUAAAUAAUAAAUGUACAAAAAUUCCAUUUCCACAACACUCAAGUGAAGUAUCUAAACAAUACUUCAUUUUAGCAGUGACGAUGUAUAUUGGACGGUGACCAGGACUGGUACUUUUUUAUUCUAAAAGCCCAUGUGCACAAAGUAAUUAGGUCAGAUGUGUAAACUUUCCUAAAGGUCGCCGGUGUUUGGUUUUUAUCAAUGCCUUUUGUCAAUGCGUUUACAGUUCCUCAUUAGCUGGUACAUUGUCCUGUGCUGGGAAUUUUUUUUUCUUCUGUCUCACCUGCCUAUAAAGUCUCCUGAGUUCAGUCAGUUGUUCAUUGUGAGUCUCAGAAACUUCAUCGCGCUUAGACACGACCCAAAAAAAAAACAAACCAAGGGAAGAAGAUGAAUUUGUUGUGCAUCAUUGCCUUGCAUCUGACCCUCCUUCAUGUCGGGGAAGGCAGUACACUGCGGGUGGUCAAGCCAAACGUCAUCGCUCUGGAAGUAAGCGGAAACCCGAUGGAACAAAAGACCAGAGUUGCGCUGAGUUGUGGCGAUGAGUUCGAAGGCACUGAGAUCCACUGGCGGAAAAAUCAACAUGACAUCCCCACCAAGGGUAACAGUAUAGAAGUGACCAUCGAGGCGAUGCUGGGAGGAAACUUCACCUGCCACGGCGCGUCGGGAGACGUUCUGAACCACACGCUGGUGCUGGUCAGUCCACUCGACUUUGAGAAGGCCAUUCUGCUACGGAGCAGUAACAGAGAGUACAUUACAUGCGUAGCGAGAAACUACAGUGGCCCGUUCCACUGCUCUUGGAAAUGGGAUCCCAUAAGGAACGGCGUCGUGGUGUUUUUCACAGCUUUCCGGAACUCGAGCGCUAUGAACUGCUCCCUGGACGCUGAUAGCGGCGGGCUGACUUGUGCGGAUCUGCAGUGUCCCUUCUCCGAGGAGGUGACUCGCAUUAACCUCACCUUGCUGGUCCGAAACCAGUACCGCUUAGAAGAGCACCAAAAGGCGUUCUUCAUCCAUGAUAUAAUCAAGCCGGGAAAGGUCGACAUCACCAAGGCCGAGAACAACGAGUUUGAGUGGGAAGUCCCCAAAACGUGGAACUCACCGUGUACGUUCUUCCCGCUGCGGUACGAAGUGAAAGUGAUGUCACACCGCAAGGACUGUGAUGACACAUCACAUGACAACGGAGGAAACCAUCCAGAUAGCCAUAACAUCAGCGAAACCCGUUAUACGGUCUCCGGCAAGAGGAGUUAUACGUUCUGCGUGAGAGCUCAGGACUCCUUCACCAAUAAAGUCUGGGGAGACUGGAGCCAGCACAGGGUCAUCAAGCAAAAAGCGAAAAAAUGAAAGGGCAAGAAGAAAACAUCCCACUUCCGUCCGCUAUGCUGGUUUUUGCAGUAUGACAGCCGUGGAUCUGUGCGUGUUGUGGUGGUGUGAUAUUGUUUUAUUCCUGUUAUACUACAGCAAUUCACCAGUAUUUAUUAUUUAUUAAAGAAUGACACUUCAGCCACCUGUCUUGUCUUUCUCUUUUUUUCUUUUUUUUUUGAAGUUAUGUGACAGUUUAGCUCGCCGCAUAUGCCAAAGCGCUUGAAAGUCCUGAACAUUUCCCCACGGUGGUUACAAUGACAAAUAAACAAAGCUCCGAUACCGAGGUUUAUGUCCGUAAAGGUUAUGCCGCGUUCGAAUAAACUUGGACGUGGGAAAUUUUCCUUCGUUUUCAAGCUACAACGUGGGAAAAAACACACACACAUGACUAACCCGCGAACAUGAGCGAUGACGAGUUUAUAACGCAUUUACAUCCUCGAAACUGAGAACUGUGGGGUCGGCGUGAAGCCGGGGCUGGAGGAUGGAGAACUUCCCGAAUUUCCAAGUAGAAAUUCCAAUUUGAGGGAUCUUUGUUUUUUUCCCCAGGCUGGAAAUUCAGUGUUCUGAUAUUUAGUCGAAUGCAGCAUUAGCUAAACGUGUCCCUGUGAAGGAGUUCAUACUAUAGAAAUUGGCAAGGCCAAUUCUUUUUCCUUUUUUCGCUGUAGACUGAAGACAUUUGGGUUUGAGAUCAGAUGAAUAAACGAGAAAAAAAUAUUGGAACGUGUGACUGACAGGUGUUUUUUAUUCGAUUGACUGUUUAAACAGUAAAUAGCUCUGAAACUCUUGGUUUUAGCCUUCAGUUUCACCCGUGAAGACUGAAUUUGAUGUUAAAAAGGAUAAACCAUCAUAAAGACCAGCGAGCUGUCUAUGGGAGGAAAGUGAGCCAUUUUGAAGCUGAAAAAUCAGCCAACAAUUUGGAAUGUCCUGAAAAAUAAAGAAAUCACUGGUGUACCGAAUAACAGACACCGAACGCGUCGGCCGAGGAAAACUACCGCAGCUGAUGAUAGAAACGACCUCCACAGGGCCGAGGCGAAGGUCUCACAAUCCACCGUUCGAGGAAAAUUUCAAGAGCAGAGAUAUCGAGGCCGUACCAAACGAUGGAAACCCCUCAUCAGCAGUAAGAAUCGGAAAGCCAGACUGGAAUUCACAAAGAAGUACAGAGACGAGCCACAGAAGUUCUGGAACCGAGAUGAACCUCGACCAAAGUGACGGAAAGUCCAAAGCAUGGAGAAAGAAAUGAGCUGCUCACGAUCCAAAACAUACGAGCUCAUCUGUGAAACAUGGUGGAGGUAGCGUCAUGGCUUGGGCUUGCACGGCUGCUUCUGGAACAUUCUGAACAGACUGAAGGGAGAACCCCCCCGAAACAAACAACUACUGAAAGAAGCUGCAGGACAAACCUGGAGAAGCUUCACAGAAGAAGAACCCAGCAGUCUGGGGUCAGCGAGUCGCAGGAGUGACGCAGUUACUGCGAGUAAGGGAUAUGCAACCGAAUAUUAAGUGCCGUUUACUUUAAGACUGAUCUGUUCCUAUACUUUUGCUCUCCUAAAAAUUGUCUGGUCUAAUACAAAAGGUUCAGUGUUUUAUGUUGUUGAACACGUCUAGAUGUAAACACCAGGAGAUAAAAGCUGAAAUCCGAAACCCUCGUCUCACCUCCAUCUAAAAACCAGAUGUCUGGUGGACAGCACAAAUAAAAUGGCCUCGCCGUUCCAAUAGUUUCGGAGGGGAGCGUAACAUACUGUAUUUUAUUAUUCAACAAGAGACGCUCACAUUCAACACUCACCACAGAAUGAUUCUUUUUCUUACGUUUUUAUUUAUUUAAACUCGAGUUGCAUCCAUACGCUCAUAGCUCAUGUCAGUGUUGUUGGAAUAAACCAAAAAAAAAAAAAAAAAAAAAAAA